AAAUGACCUAUAGAACAUACAAAAGAUACUUGAACAAUAACACACCAGAUAUCAAAAUGGAAGGAAAGUUAGCAAAAAUGAUAGGGAUUAUAAACAAAAACGAAGAGAGAAUCAAUAACCCAUCAACCAAUAGACACAACAUCUCCAAUUAUCGCAUUCAAUAG